AUGUCUCCACCGAAGCCGGCAUCUCCUAGGAUGCUCUCGGUGAUAGGUGUCGGCAGCAUGGAGUCUGAUGGACCAAGUUCAAGACCAACAACAACCGUCGCCACUUCUCCAGCCCCAAAUUUCUUACCUUACGUGAGUAUCCACGACCACGCAACAUGUUGGAACAAGUUCAAGGCUUGUGAUUUUCCCCCUCCCCUCAUGGAGUUCUCCCCCGCAAUCCCGUUCAAGAUAGAGUUCAGCCCGCAUCAACCCAGCACCGCGAAACCACCUCACCUUACCUUAAGGCUUGUGCUUGGUAUUCGAACCGCAGCAGCAAGAGGCACGGUCGUUGCUCUUCUAUAUGACUGCCCUAUCUACUCUAGCCCAUCUCUGAGGACCAUCCUCCGUGGCGGGAUACUACAUCAUCCUAGUCGAGCCCGUGAUCGAGUAUCUCGCACUGCAUCGCAUUACAUCGCAUCGUCCGCUUCCGCCUGCGUCUCUCAGUCAUUAAUCCGUUCAUUCGCCAGAAAGGAAAGACAUUCCGCAACUGGGCAGGCCAAUAUCCGUACUGUGCCUAUGAUGGACGGGCCUUGA